GCUGAGAAUUCAGCCCUGGCCCUUGCGAAUGAGAGCCAGAGAGAGGCCUAUGAAAGGUGUCUGGAUGAGGUGAGUUUUCAUAUAGAGCUACAGUAUACAUUCAGAGAAGGUCAUCCUGACACUGUAUUCUGUCUGUCACUGUACCCACUACAUAAGGUGUCUCAGCUUUUAUACCCUGCAAUGAUUACUGUCCACUCUUAAGACUCUAAAAUCAGUCUCAAUUUGUGACCACAGACUGUAGCAAAGAUGUAACUUUUUAUUAUAUUUAAUUCAGGUUGCCAACCACGUGGUACAGGCACUUCUGAGUCAAAAGGUAAGACAUCAAGACAAAUCAAUGAUGUUCAGACUCAACAGUCUAACAAGUUAAGGAGCAGUUCUUUACACAAGGUGUGUGUGUGUGUGUGUGUGUGUGUGUGUGUGUGUGUGUGUGUGUGUGUGGUGUGUGGGUGUGUGUGUGUGUGUGUGUCAUUGAGAAGUUUUUUUUAUUUGUGUUUUGUCCUAGGACCUGCGGGAGGAGUGUAUUAAGUUGAAGAUGCGUGUGUUUGACCUGGAGAGACAGAACAGAACCCUGACUGAGCUCUUUGCCCAGAAACUACACCCCCAGGAUAGCCCUCUGAAACAGGUACAGAACGUGUGUGUGUGACAUUUAUUUUCUCAGCAGUAAGUUGGAAAUCAUGCAUAAAUUAACAAGUUGCUUUUCAUUUUAUUUUCAGUAGUUUUUUUGCAAAACUAGAUUGAAUGUGACAGGAGAAAGCACUUGAUAAAGAUGAGAAUUAGUCAUGAGUACUGACAGACAGUUGUUGAAUGUGUGACCAAAGAAGGGAUUUAAGUCUAUCCGUUGGCUCUCAGAACUGUGUGUGUGUGUGUGUGUGUGUGUGUGUGUGUGUGUGUGUGUGUGUGUGUGUGUGUGUGCUCGUACGCGGUGCAUACAGAUGUACUAUCUUAAUUUGACCUGUUUCUUAGAGCAGGAAAAUUAUCCUGUAGCAACAGGAAAUUUCGAUUAUAAUUAAUGGACAUUUUUGUAUGAGUUGAUACAUUUUUUGUUAGGUAAAAUCAAGUGUAACAUUUUGGUGGAAAUUACAGUGCCUUUAGAAAUUAUUCAUACCCCUUGACUUAUUCCACAUUUUGUUGUUACAGCCUGAAUUCAAAAUGGGUUAAAUAUUAUUAUUUUACCCAUCUACACACAAUACCCCAUAAUGACAAAGUGAAAACAUGUUUUUAGAAAUGUUUGCUAAUUUAUUGAAAGUGAAAUACAGAAAUAUCUAAUUUACAUAAGUGGCUGUUGAUCAUUGCCAGACAGCCAUUUUCAAGUCUUGCCAUAGAUAUCCAAGCCGAUUUAAGUCAAAACUGUAACUAGGUCACUCAGGAACAUUCAAUGUCAUCUUGUUAAGUAACUCCAGUGUUUAUUUGGCCUUGUGUUUUAGGUUAUUGUCCUGCUGAAAGGUUCAUUUUUCUCCCAGUGUCUAUGGAAAGCAGAAUGAACCAGGUUUUCCUCUAGGAUUUUGCCUGUGCUUAGCUCUAUUACGUUUCUUUUAUCCUAAAAAAACUCCCUUGCCGUUGACAAGCAUAACCAAAAUGUGAUGCGGCCACCACAAUGCUUGAAAAUGUGAUGAGUUGUGUUGGAUUUGCAGCAAACAUGACGCUUUGUAUUCAGGACAUAAAGUUCAUUUCUUUGCCACAUUCUUUGCAGUUGUACUUUAGUGCCUUAUUGCAAACAGGAUGCAUGUUUUUGGAAUAUUUGUAUUCUGUACAGGCUUCCUUCUUUUCACUCUGCCAUUUAGGUUAGUAUUGUGUAGUAACUACAAUUUUGUUGAACCAUCCUCAGUUUUCUCCUAUCACAGCCAUUAAACCAUUGGCUUCAUGGUGAAAUCCCUGAGCGUUUUUUUUCCCUCUCCAGCAACUGAGUUAGGAAGGAUGCCUGUAUCUUUGUAGUGACUGGGUGUAUUGAUACACCAUCCCAAAGUGUACUUAAUAACUUCACCAUACUCAAAGGGAUAUUCAAUGUCUGCUUCCUUUUCUUUUUUUUUUACCCAUCUACCAAUAGGUGCCCUUCUUUGCGAGGCAUUGGAAAACCUCCCUGGUCUUUGUGGUUGAAUCUUUGUUUGAAAUGCACUGCUCGAAUGAGGGACCUUACAGAUAAAUGUAUGAGGUAGUCAUUCAAAAAUCAUGUUAAACACUAUUAUUGCACACAGAGUGAGUCCUUGCAACUUUAUUAUGCAACUUGUUAAUAAAGCAGAUAUUUACUCCUGAACCUAUUUAGGCUUGCCAUAACAAAGGGGUUGAAUACUUAUUGACGUCAGACAUUUCAGCUUUUCAUUUUUAAUGAACUUGUAAACAUUUCUAAAAACAUAAUUCCACUUUGACAUUAUGAGGUAUUGUGUGUAGGCCAGUGACACAACAUCUCAAUUUAAUCCAUUUUAAAUGUAACACAACAAAAUGUGGAAAAGGUCAAGGGGGUAAAUACUUUCUGAAGGCACUGUAAAAGCCUUUUUAAACCUUGAAUACACUACAAGUUUGUACACUGCUCAAAAGAAUUAAGGGAACACUUAAACAACACAAUGUAACUCCAAGUCAAUCACACUUCUGUGAAAUCAAACUGUCCACUUAGGAAGCAACACUGAUUGACAAUACAUUUCACAUGCUGUUGUGCAAAUGGAAUAGACAACAGGUGGAAAUUAUAGGCAAUUAGCAAGACACCCCCAAUAAAGAAGUGGUUUUGCAGGUGGUGACCACAGACCACUUCUCAGUUCCUAUGCUUCCUGGCUGAUGUUUUGGUCACUUUUGAAUGCUGCCGGUGCUUUCACUCUAGUGGUAGCAUGAGACGGAGUCUACAACCCACACAAGUGGCUCAGGUAGUGCAGCUCAUCCAGGAUGGCACAUCAAUGCGAGCUGUGGCAAGAAGGUUUGCUGUGUCUGUCAGCGUAGUGUCCAGAGCAUGGAGGCGCUACCAGGAGACAGGCCAGUACAUCCGGAGAUGUGGAGGAGGCCGUAGGAGGGCAAUAACCCAGCAGCAGGACUGCUACCUCCGCCUUUGUGCAAGGAGGAGCAGGAGGAGCACUGCCAGAGCCCUGCAAAAUGACCUCCAGCAGGCCACAAAUGUGCAUGUGUCUGCUCAAACGGUCAGAAACAGACUCCAUGAGGGUGAUAUGAGGGCUCGACAUCCACAGGUGGGGGUUGUGCUUACAGCCCAACACCGUGCAGCCCAACACCAAGAUUGGCAAAUUCGCCACUGGCGCCCUGUGCUCUUCACAGAUGAAAGCAGGUUCACACUGAGCACAUGUGACAGACGUGACAGAGUCUGGAGACGCCGUGGAGAACGUUCUGCUGCCUGCAACAUCCUCCAGCAUGACCGGUUUGGCGGUGGGUCAGUCAUGGUGUGGGGUGGCAUUUAUUUGGGGGGCCGCACAACCCUCCAUGUGCUCGCCAGAGGUAGCCUGACUGCCAUUAGGUACCGAGAUGAGAUCCUCAGACCCCUUGUGAGACCAUAUGCUGUUGCGGUUGGCCCUGUAUUCUUCCUAAUGCAAGACAAUGCUAGACCUCAUGUGGCUGGAGUGUGUCAGCAGUUCCUGCAAGAGGAAGGCAUUGAUGCUAUGGACUGGCCCGCCCGUUCCCCAGACCUGAAUCCAAUUGAGCACAUCUGGGACAUCAUGUCUCGCUCCAUCCACCAACGCCACGUUGCACCACAGACUGUCCAGGAGUUGGCGGAUGCUUUAGUCCAGGUCUGGGAGGAGAUCCCUCAGGAGACCAUCCGCCACCUCAUCAGGAGCAUGCCCAGGCGUUGUAGGGAGGUCAUACAGGCACGUGGAGGCCACACACACUACUGAGCCUCAUUUUGACUUGUUUUAAGGACAUUACAUCAAAGUUGGAUCAGCCUGUAGUGUGGUUUUCCACUUUAAUUUUGAGGGUGACUCCAAAUCCAGACCUCCAUGGGUUGAUAAAUUUGAUUUCCAUUGAUCAUUUUUGUGUGAUUUUGUUGUCAGCACAUUCAACUAUGUAAAGAAAAAAGUAUUUAAUAAGAUUAUUUCAUUCAUUCAGAUCUAGGAUGUGUUAUUUUAGUGUUCCCUUUAUUUUUUUGAGCAGUGUAUUUCAAGUGUGCAGGAAAAUUCUCAGAGUGAUCAAAUUAAGAUCGUACAUCUGUAUCUAAACCACUGCCUUGCUUGUCUCCUGUUCAUUAUGAUUAUAUCGUUAUGACUAUAUUGCUGUUUUAGAACACUAUCAAAGUUUUAUAUAAAAGAGAAUAUGGUCCUAUGUGUCAUGCUGUUUCAAGCUUCCUGCCAUCCAGGACCUCUAUACCAGGCGGUGUCAGAGGAAGGCCCUCAAAAUUGUCAAAGACUCCAGCCACCCUAGUCAUAGACUGUUCUCCCUGCUACCGCACGGCAAGCGGUACCGGAGUGCCAAGUCUAGGUCCAAAAGACUUCUCAAUAGCUUUUACCCCCAAGCCAUAAGACUCCUGAACAGCUAAUCAUGGCUACCCGGAAUAUUUGCACUGCCCCCCCACCCCAUCCUUUUUACGCUGCUGCUACUCUGUUAAUUAUUUAUGCAUAGUCACUUUAACUCUACCCACAUGUACAUAUUACUUCAAUUAUCUCAACUAGCCGGUGCCCCCGCACAUUGACUCUGCACCGGUACCCCCCUGUAUAUAUAGCCUCCCUACUGUUAUUUUAUUUUACUUCUGCUCUUUUUUUCUCAACACUUUUUUUGUUGUUGUUUUAUUUUUACUUUUUUUGUUAAAAUAAAUGCACUGUUGGUUAAGGGCUGUAAGUAAGCAUUUCACUGUAAUGUCUGCACCUGUUGUAUUCGGCGCAUGUGACCAAUAACAUUUGAUUUGAUUUGAUUUGAUAAUAAGCACAGUGUUUCUGAUUUUAAUCAUUUGAGAGGGAGAUGAGAAGUUCUCCCUCAUCUCAUCUCUGUUGUUGCUUAGGUGACUGUUGUCAUGGUGAAAUGUGGAACGGUUACUUCUAGUGAAGUGUAGCUAGUGAUGUAUUAUGCAUUGAUAUGAGGUCCGAUAGAUGUUUAGAUAUCCCAAUGAGGGCUGAUGUCUUGCUUUUCUUUUGGAUGUAUUUUAUCCCAACUGAUAUCUAACAUCAAUUGUAACAUGGACUGUAGCUUGGAGCCCAAAAGCUCUUUGGAGCUCUUACUCUAUCCAUUUUGGCCUUGUUGAAAGAAACUAAGGACAAAAGCGCUGUUGUGAUAGUAUAGUUUUAGAAUCCCCUGCUGAGGUGGUUAUACAGCAACUAUCAAGUUUCUGAGAAUUUGGCCUCAAAAGAACAGAGGCAGAGAUUGUCUUUGAUAAAGAUGUUCAGUGACCUUGGUCAUAUUUUUCAUUUCUUUGAAGUGUGUGACACAGGGCACCUCUUUCUCCACUUGUCUCCCUCCCUCUCUCUUUCUUCAGCUCUGUUUAUUAACACCAACUCCUUCGCUCUCUCCUUCUUAUCAACUCUAUUAGUAUUCCAACCGCUCCACGGUAGCGAGGGGAUAGGAGAGAGAAGCAAUCUGCUGCAGAAAUCUCAAGUAUUUAAUCUAAACAAAUGUGCCCUGUUAUUGCCAGGAGAGCAAAAUGGCACAUUCUAUUACUGUAAAUGAAAAUUUCAACUGUCCCCAACUCCCCCCAAAUCUAACCCCUUCUCCCUCCCUCCCUCUCUUCUCCCCCACGCCUACUUUUUUCUGUAUUCUUCAGUCGUUCUCUUUGCGUCUCUUACCUGUGAGCAAAAAAAAAACAUAUUUCCUCGCAUACGGAGUGAGUGCCUCUUCCCCCGCUGUUGCCUUUCUUUGUGAUGAAUAUAAUAAUCAUAAGGAAAACUGAUGCCAUCUCACUGCCGAAGCAAUUUAAUUAUUCAGGGCUGAGAUAGGAAUGAAAAGAGGCUGGCCCGCUCCAGUAAUGUCAUUUUUAUCUGUGUAUUAGGAGGCAGGUUAAAGGAAAUCAGGAGAGGGUGCAGAGAAUGACAAUAGUCAAUAUGGUGCCCUUACUGUCAUUACUCUUUCUCUGUUCUCUCCCGUUCCAGUUGCAGUUGGUGUCUGUCCCGGAGGACAGCACAGAGCCCCUGACCAUGGACAGUGACAAGCUGCUGGUGUCCCAGAGACAAGGGGAACUCAAGGUGAGCAGCUGACCACACACAAACCCCGACCCCUGACUAAAACUUCACUUUGACCAUAGAAUUACGAACACAUAUACUGAACAAAAAUAUAAACGUAACAUGCAACAAUUUCAACGAUUUUACUGAGUUACAGUUCAUAUAAGGAAAUCAGUAAAUUGAAAUAAAUUAAUUAGCCCCUAAUCAUCAAUGGAUUUCACAUGACUGCACAGGGGUGCAGCCAUGGGUGGCCCUGGGAGGGCAUAGGCCCUCCCCCACUUGGGAAUAUGUUUUUCCCCACAAAAGGGCUUUAUUACAGACAGAAAUACUCUGCAGUUUCAUCAGCUGUCCGGGUGGCUGGUCUCAGACGAUCCCGUAGGUGAAGAAGCUGGAUUUGGAGGUCCUGGGCUGGCAUGGUUAUACGUGGUCUGCAGUUGUGAGGCCAGUUGGAUGCACUGCACAAAUUCUGCACAAUUCUCUAAAACGAUGUUGGAGACUGCAUAUGGUAUAGAAAUGAACAUUCAAUUAUCUCGCAACAGUUCUGGUGUACAUUCCUGCAGUCAGCAUGCCAAUUGCACGCUCCGUCAACUUGAGACAUCUGUAGCAUUGUGUUGUGUGACAAAACUGCACAUUUUAGAGUGGCUUUUAUUGUCCCCAGCAUAAGGUGCACCUGUGUAAUGAUCAUGUGGUUUAAUCAGCUUCUUCAUAUGUCACACCUGUCAGAUGGAUGGAUUAUUUUGGCAAAGGAGAAAUGCUUACUAACAGGGAUGUAAGCAAAUUUGUGCCAAAAAUUUGAGAAAAAUAAGCUUUUCGUGUGUAUGGAAAAUUUCUGCGAACUUUUAUUUCAGGUGAAAGCUAUGAUCGCUUAUUGAUGUCACUUGUUAAAUCCACUUCAAUCAGUGUAGAUGAAGGGGAGGAGACAGGUUCAAAAAUAUUUUUAAGCCUUGAGACAAUUGAGACAUGGAUUGUGUAUGUGUGCCAUUCAUAGGGCGAAUGGGCAAGACAAAAUAUUUAAGUGCCUUUGAACGGGGUAUGGUAGUUGGUGCCAGGCGCACCGGUUUGUGUCAAGAACUGCAACGCAGCUGGGUUUUUCACGCUCAACAGUUUCUUGUGUGUAUCAAAAAUGGUCCACCACCCAAAGUACAUCCAGCCAACUUGAUACAACUGUGGGAUGCAUUGGAGUCAACAUGUGCUAGCAUCCCUGUGGAACGCUUUCAACACCUUGUAGAGUCCAUGCCCCGACUAAUUGAGGCUGUUGUGAGGGCAAAGGGGGGUGUCAGCCCUCUGUACCACCCUUAAUCAGCUCAGCAAACUCAUAUUUUGUUUACCUCUGCUUCACCAGCAUUGGACACCUUCUGUUAGUAAUCACAAUGUUUAUUUUCAUACUCAUACACUACAUGACCAAAGGUAUGUGGGUUUGAUUCCCAUGGGGGGCCAGUAUAAUUAUUAUUAUUUUUUAAUAAAAAAUAUACAAAAAUUGUAUGCACUCGCUCUGGAUAAGAGCGUCUGCUAAAUGACAUAAAUGUAAAUGUAUGUGGACACCUGCUCAUCGAACAUCUCAUUCCAAAAUCAUGGGCAUUAAUAUGGAGUUGGUCCCUCCUUUGCUGCUAUAACAGCCUCCACUCUUCUGGGAAGGCUUUCCACUAGAUGUUGGAACAUUGCUGCGGGGACUUGCUUCCAUUCAGCCACAAGAGCAUUAGUGAGGUCGGGCAUUAAUGUUGGGCGAUUAGGCCUGGCUCGCAGUCGGCGUUCCAAUUCAUCCCAAAGGUGUUCGAUGGGGUUGAGGUCAGGGCUCUGUGCAGGCCAGUCAAGUUCUUUCACACCGAUCUCGACAAACCAUUUCUGUAUGGACCUCACUUUGUGCAUGGGGGCAUUGUUAUGCUGAAAUAGGAAAGGGCCUUCCCCAAACUGUUGUCACAAAGUUGUAAGCACAGAAUCAUCUAGAAUGUCAUUGUAUGCUGUAGCGUUAACAUUUCCCUUCACUGGAACUAAGGGGCUUAGCCCGAACCAUGAAAAACAGCCCCAGGCCAUUAUUCCUCCUCCACCAAACUUUACAGUUGGCACUAUGCAUUCAGGUAGGUAGCGUUCUCCUGGCUUCCGCCAAACCCAAAUUCGUCCGUCGGACUGCCAGAUGGUGAAGCGUGAUUAAUCACUCCAGAGAAUGACAGUUGCCUAGCGACAGGCGGUGGACCUGAUGAUCAGCGAUGCAGAACGAAUGGAAUUGAUUGUUUUUCUUCACCUUGUUGUUUUGUUUACCUGUUCCAGAGUCCAAUGGCAGCGAGCUUUACAUCACAGCUGACGGUUGGCAUUGCACAUGGUGAUCUUAGGCCAUGGAAACCCUUUUCAUGAAGCUUCCAACGAACAGUUCCUGUGCUGAUGUUGCUUCCAGUGGCAGUUUGGAACUCGGUAGUGAGUGUUGCAACCGAGGACAGACUAUUUUUACGCACUUGAGCACUCGGCGGUCCCGCUCUGUGAGCUUGUGUGGCCUACCACUUCGCGGCUGAGCCAUUGUUGCUCCUAGACGUUUCCACUUCACAAUAACAGCACUUACAGUUGACGGGGGCAGCUCUAGCAGGGCAGAAAUUUGACGAACUGACUUGUUGGAAAGGUGCCAUCAUAUGACGGUGCCAUGUUGAAAGUCACUGAACUCCUCAGUAAGGCCAUUCUACUGCCAAUGUAUGUCUAUGGAGAUUGCAUGGCUGUGUGUUCGAUUUUUAUACACCUGUCAGCAACGGUUGUGGCGGAAAUAGCCAAAUCCACUAAUUUGAUGUGUUCCAAGGAUUUAUUAUGUUCCAAGGAGGUCCCCCAGUGAACCAAGUCCAUUCGCAUUCCCAGGAUUAAUUCAACCACAAAUUAAUAUAAUUUAAAGGGGAUUGGCUUGCUCAAUGUUCUAGCGCCACCACAACAUUUUCUGCUGUGAAAGUUCCUCCUGUUUUGCCCCCACUCACCGAAGUACCCCCAACGGCGCUCACCGAGCACCUCUGUAAUGUUCUCUCUUAAAAUAGGCCGGUGUUAUUGCUGCCCCCAGGAGCAGCACUAGACUCCUGCUGACAAAUGACUGAGAAACAAGUGGAAGAAAGGAACAAGAGAGACCCCUCAUUUCAACCCUGAGGGCAACUGAUUGGUUUCUUGUUAUCAGGCAGGGAGAGAGGUGUCAAAUUGAAUAUAGAUUUUUGUUUCCCUCUGAACAAACACUCGCCCUAUGCAUUCCUCUCUGUCUUUCUCUCCCUCCAUCUCCUCUCCUCCGUAAUUCUUUGAGGUUGAGGCUUUAUUUCGUUCAGAUCUCCUUGGGCAAUGGUUUCUGUCUGGCCCCAAGUUUCAAAGCAACCCAGCCAUCAUCCCAUAGUCUCCACAUUGCAUUUAGUAUACCCUCCAUAUAGCCCUGGGAUUUUAAACAAAAAUAUAGUGGGAUGGAGGUUUUGGGUAAAUGCGGCACCCCUUAAGAGAGCCCAUUAACCCAUCACACACAUUGAUGGAGUCCACUGUUGAAAGGCUACUUUACAACAUAAAGCCUCUCUCAUGGAUGCUGAGGUGGCAACUCAAUAUUAGGAAGGUGUUCCUAAUGUUUGGUAUAAUCAGUGUAUAUCAAACAUAGGGAUGCAAAAUUCUGGCAACUUAGGAAGCAGAACUGUAUGGGAUUCAGUCAGUCAAUACAUUUCUCUACUCAAAAUUCCAGGAACUUUCAAUAAAUUCCCUGGUUCUACAGAAAUCCUGGUUGGAUGAUUCCCGGAAUCAGGAGGGAAUAAGCAGGAAAUGCGGAAUCCUGUUUAUCCCCUCCUGACUCCGUGAAGCCUCCAACCGGGAUUUAGGGAAAACCAGGGAAUUUAUUGAAAGUUCCUGGAAUUUUGCAACCCUACUCAAACACAGGAAAAUCAUGUUUUUGACUGCACUGGGCCUUUAAUGAACCAUGAGUAGAGAAAUGUAUUGACUGAAUCCCGUUCAGUUCACCAUACCCACAUCCUCAGCUAAGCUCUGCACCACUCCCAGCUCCCCUGAUCCAAGUGCAGCAUCCGUCCAGAUUGUAUAUAUACAUGCUGCAUAUAUAUGGGUUUAUCCGAGCUCCCAGGUGUAGACUGAGAAUUUAUUAGGUGGACGUAAAUCAUUGCAUCAGAAUAGGCACUUUGCAGCGUUGGCAGAGGGGUUUUCAAAGUCACCUCAUUCGACUGGAUUUGUCAAAUUUACACGCAAUAGCUCUUUGGGUUCACUUGGGAGAGAUGGAGGGAGAUUGAAAAGGGGUAAACAAUGCACAGUGUAUGCUGAGGUAAUCAAGUGGGCCCUCACCUAUAGAAACUAGGCCUGUUGCUUGGAUUCAUCAAAUUGACGUGCCAUGGCUUUGGGGAAUGCCAGUGGAGUAGUAUUGGAAAUAAUGACAGGGGAAGAGAAUGAAUGGUCUGUGUAAGCUAAACAAGUGGCUCUGUCCCACCCCCCUCUGUCUUCAUUUGAUAAUCACAGAGGUCCCCACUGGCGGUGACUAUUUUAGUUAACAGAUUGGCUCCUCUCCAAGAAGAGGGGAUGAGGAGGAGGAGGGUGGAGGAGUAGUUUUCUCACUGAUUACAGAAUGAAUUGCUUCUUUAAUUAAAGAUAACGACUGCUUCCUAUGGUUGGCCGGACAUGUGUAACCAAAGUGGCUUCAGUUGCCUCUCCACUCUUCUCUCCUUCGUUCAUUUAUUCCUCCCCCUGUAAGGACUGGGGUGCUCAGCAUUCUCAGGAUGUCCUCUUUUGCUGUGACGGUCAUUGGGGACUUGGGCAGUUAGUUCAAUGCAGUACAUUCACUUGAAACAUGAGUUGCAGGCCCACUCAAAAAGUCCUGAAGUAUCCAAGCAAGUUUUGUUCUAAUCAGGGUAAAAAGGAACCUCCACAAUCGAUUGUCAACAUGAAAUCAAUACAUAUGACUCCUGGUGCGCUGUGCACGCAAUGUGUUAGAUGUUGGAGGCAGCAUGAAUUUUCUUUUGAUUUUAGCCAUACUGUACUUAACUUGAAGUGUUGUUUUUAGUUUGUAUUGUUUGAUGAAGAUGUAGUAGAGUUACAAACUGAUGUCCUUGUUUAUGCAGAGCAAUGGGGACCACACACAGAACGGAACAGCCGGCUCAGCCCCGGCCCCUGCCACCUCCAUAGAGGCCCUGUCUCCAUUCUUUAAAAAGAAAGCACACAUCCUGGAAGUAUUGCGCAAGCUGGAGGAGUCAGACCCCCUCAAGUUCCACCCCUCCUCCUGCCUGUCCCCACACCACGACCUGGGUCAGGCGCUGGUCUCCAUGGAGAGAGACCAGAUGUCCCUGAUGUCCUCUGUGGGGUUACCCUCUUCUCAGUGCCUGGUAGCACAUCCCUCGUCACGCUGCCGCCACUCCAGCUCAGACUCAGACAUCCAUGAUUACACCAACGGAGAAGGGGCUCUCCAGGAGGACCAUGCCCUGCACAGACAGCACCAGCAGAGGGGCUGCCAGUCCUGCCAAAUGCUCUCCCAGAAGAGUAGCCUGGACAGCCUGCUGAAGUGUGCCCAGGGCCACGGCGCCACACACCCGGGCAGAGUGGAGAGCCUCAACGGGCAGGCCUGGGCAGAGGACCAGGGGGCGUCGGCACAGAGCACAGGCCUUCCCCAGGCAGCAGCUCUCCCCCACCUCCUCUCUGCUGACAGCACAAGCCAGUGCUACAUGAACAAAACAGCAGUAGACUCUCUAGAGCAGCCUCCAGAACUUCUGGUUUCUUCUGAUCCAAUCUCCUCGCUAAUCCAAGCCAACCUCAACGGGAUGCUAGGGAAGGAGACCAGGAACUUUCAAAGACACAAAGACAGGCAUCCGUUUGGCAAACCGCCACCUCUGUCUCGGGUCGAGGUGCAACCCUCUCACAGUGAGGAUGUGAAGCACAUAAAGGCUGUCAUUGCAACAUCGCUGACCCAAAACGGGGACAGUCCGGAGGAGUGCUGCUACGUGGAAGAAGAGGCCGUAUCAGUGGUGCACAAUGUGAACAACAGCCUACACACCUCUACCUCACACACAGACCCUGUUGCCAUGGAGACGGAUCCAGGGUAUCACGAGGAGCAGGAAGUGAGCGAGCAGGUCUGCAACGGGCUCUACUUCUCCUCCAAUGAGACGUCUGUCUGCAAGAAGGUGGCGGUGGAGUUGUACUCUCCAGCCCCGGUUCCCGAGAGGACCAGCUCAGCUCAGGCCCUGCCUCCCUCUGGGAAGAGCAAGCUUGCACUCAGCCCCACCUUUUCCUCAGGCCUGGGUGAAGUCAAGCCCUCCCCCAUUUCCUCCCCGGCACGGCUGCUCAAGUUCCUGAAGAUCCCGACGGGGAUCAACCAGGCACAACCAGGCAACCCCCUCCGUCUAAGUCCCCAGCUCACCCGCAGCUCCAAGAUCCCCUGCAGGAACAACAACUAUGAGGUGUACCACUCGCCUGUAAUGACACGCAAAGCCACCACCACAGAGAGGGAGAAGCAGCUGUCCUCAUCCUCCUCCAAAACAGACCCCUACCCUGCCACGCACUCUGCCCCCACCUCGCCACCCAAGCCAGAGGACAGCGCGGGCCCCCCUCCCACAGUCAAGGAGAAAGCUUUCAGCAGCCACUUUGCGCCCAAACCCAGCCGCAGUACAAAGGCAGCCCCCUCCUCCUCCUCUUCUCACGCACAAAGGGGCUCUCAGAAGGUGGCCCACUAUGAGAAUGUCUGCCCGUCAGAUGGGACGCCCCAGUACCUCCCUUACACCCAACCUGAGGGGCCUGUAGAGAAUCAGCAGCAGGAGGAGGAGAACCUCCUCAGCCACCCAUCUUCACAGCACCCUGACUCGUCCCCAGAACCAGAUGACCAGGACACUGACCAGGACACUGAACAGGACACUGACCAGGACACUGACUCAGAAAGCCCCGUCUGGCACAAGCCCGACCAACACUUCAGCCUACCCUCCUCGUCCUCCGCCACCGCUAGUAAAGCACACAGUAGUCGCCCCAGCUACUCCAGCAUGAGGGACAGGCACCAGGAGCACCGUGCAGCUCUGGAGCCCAGUCAGACGAUCUGUGAGCCAACCCAGUCUGCAGCCAGGCGAGGUGACCCGUCGCCUGGGUCUUCCACCCCCAAGAGGCUGGUGCAGGGAAAAUCCCAGAGUGAGUCCAGUCACCACCCAUUCAAAGAGCGCCUGGCUGCUCUGGGGAAACUGAAGAGCACAGAUAACCUGCCAGUAGGCGCACAGUCCGUGGACAAGAAGGAUGCACAAAGUAACGUGGGUAAACCCCCCACCAACAAUAUUGAGAAAACCAAGACUCCUGAAAGGGAAGGCGAGAGAACUGGGACAGAGCAGCACAAACAUCAGAAAUACACAGAUUCCCUGGAAGGGAAGCCCUACCCCAAAACCAGCCUCGGCAGUCACCCCAGGGUGCCAGGUCCAAUACAUGAAUCAGGCGCCAAAUCAUCAGCUACCCCAUCAUCCAUACCAAAGGUAGAGCAGGAGACAUCAUUCUCUCCCCGGAUAUAUGUAGCGAAAGCAGAGGGUCCAAAGAUCAAGAUGGGCACAUCAUCCUCCAACACAGAGACCCCUCCAGUGGUGCGGAGCUACGGGAAGUGCCCCAUCACCCAGAGCCACCACAGUAAAACUGCCCCUAGCCCCCAAAACAGCCCCGCUAAAGUCCCCUCAAAGUCCCCUUCAAAGGUCGGCCAGGCUUCCUCUUACCCCCGAGGGGUCAAGCCUGCUCACGAGGACCGCGCCCUGGCUCAGAGACACCCGCCCAGGCCGGAGGACAAAAGUAAGCUCCUGGCCAGCAAGAAGAAGAACUUUGUCCAUGCAGAGAGCUUCCCACCUCCUCCUCCUCUGCCACCGCGGUCGUCUACUGAAGCCAUCGUGAAAGACGACAAGAAGCAGUACUCAACCGGCCCACCCGUACCCCAGUCGGCCAUCGAGCAGAAAGUAAUGCGUGGCAUCGAGGAGAACAUGCUUAAGCUGCAGGAGCAGGACCGGGGCCAGGCAGUUGAGCCCAAGCAGAAGGCCUCCAACGGCAUCGCCAGCUGGUUCGGCCUGAGGAAGAGCAAGCUCCCCGCCCUCAGCCGUAAACCAGAAGUGUCCAAGCUCAAGAACAACAUGUCGUCCUCUCCUUCGUCGUCCUCUGGCGGAGGGGCUAAGGACACUAAGUCAGGUGGGCCCCGGAAGGUGGUGGAGAGCCUGAACAUCUCCAAGCUGAUGGAGAAGGCAGAGGACCUGCGGAAGGCAUUGGAGGAGGAGCGGGCUUAUGUGAACGGGGUCGAGAUGGACCGCUCCGGCAGGGGACACUCCUGUGAGGUGGUGAUGGACCAGGCCCAGGGCCAACUGUCACUCAUGUACAGAGGAGUGACCGCAGACAACUUCAUGCAGCAGCUCCUCAACAGGUAAGAAUGAUAUGUAAUCUUAGAUUAUGUUCCUAAGAAUUAAUUAAAUACAUCAGAACUCUGGCACAAAUAUAUAAUACUGCAGCCAUGAGUGUACUGAAUGAUGAUUACAAGAUACUGUGGGGGAAAAAAGUAUUUAGUCAGCCACCAAUUGUGCAAGUUCUCCCACUUAAAAAGAUGAGAGAGGCCUGUAAAUUUCAUCAUAGGUACACGUCAACUAUGACAGACAAAAUGAGAAGCAAAAAAAUCCAGAAAAACACAUUGUAGGAUUUGUAAUGAAUUUAUUUGCAAAUUAUGGUGGAAAAUAAGUAUUUCGCAAUACUUUGUUAUAUACCCUUUGUUGGCAAUGACACAGGUCAAACGUUUUCUGUAAGUCUUCACAAGCUUCACACUGUUGCUGGUAUUUUGGCCCAUUCCUCCAUGCAGAUCUCCUCUAGAGCAGUGAUGUUUUGGGGCUGUCGCUGGGCAACACAGACUUUCAACUCCCUCCAAAGAUUUUCUAUGGGGUUGAGAUCUGGAGACUGGCUAGGUCACUCCAGGACCUUGAAAUGCUUCUUACGAAGCCACUCCUUCGUUGCCCGGGCGGUGUGUUUGGGAUCAUUGUCAUGCUGAAAGACCCAGCCACGUUUCAUCUUCAAUGCCCUUGCUGAUGGAAGGAGGUUUUCACUCAAAAUCUCACGAUACAUGGCCCCAUUCAUUCUUUCCUUUACACGGAUCAGUCCUCCUGGUCCCUUUGCAGAAAAACAGCCCCAAAGCAUGAUGUUUCCACCCCCAUGCUUCACAGUAGGUAUGGUGUUCUUUGGAUGCAACUCAGCAUUCUUUGUCCUCCAAACACGACGAGUUGAGUUUUUACCAAAAAGUUAUAUUUUGGUUUCAUCUGACCAUAUAACAUUCUCCCAAUCCUCUUCUGGAUCAUCCAAAUGCACUCUAGCAAACUUCAGACGGGCCUGAACAUGUACUGGCUUAAGCAUGGGGACACGUCUGGCACUGCAGGAUUUGAGUCCCUGGCGGCAUAGUGUGUUACUGAUGGUAGGCUUUGUUACUUUGGUCCCAGCUCUCUGCAGGUCAUUCACUAGGUCCCCCCGUGUGGUUCUGGGAUUUUUGCUCACCGUUCUUGUGAUCAUUUUGACCCCACGGGGUGAGAUCUUGCGUGGAGCCCCAGAUCGAGGGAGAUUAUCAGUGGUCUUGUAUGUCUUCCAUUUCCUAAUAAUUGCUCCCACAGUUGAUUUCUUCAAACCAAGCUGCUUACCUAUUGCAGAUUCAGUCUUCCCAGCCUGGUGCAGGUCUACAAUUUUGUUUCUGGUGUCCUUUGACAGCUCUUUGGUCUUGGCCAUAGUGGAGUUUGGAGUGUGACUGUUUGAGGUUGUGGACAGGUGUCUUUUAUACUGAUAACAAGUUCAAACAGGUGCCAUUAAUACAGGUAACGAGUGGAGGACAGAGGAGCCUCUUAAAGAAGAAGUUACAGGUCUGUGAGAGCCAGAAAUCUUGCUUGUUUGUAGGUGACCAAAUACUUAUUUUCCACCAUAAUUUGCAAAUAGAUUCAUAAAAAAUUCUACAAUGUGAUUUUCUGGAGAAAAAAAAUCUCAAUUUGUCUGUCAUAGUUGACGUGUACAUAUGAUGAAAAUUACAGGCCUCUCUCAUCUUUUUAAGUGGGAGAACUUGCACAAUUGGUGGCUGACUAAAUACUUUUUUCCCCCACUGUACAGUGCAUUCGGAAAGUAUUCAGACCCCUUGACUUUUUCCACAUUUUGUUACGUUACAGCCUCAUUCUAAAAUCGAUUACAUAAUUUUUUCCCUCAUCAAUCUACAAACAAUACCCCAUAAUGACAAAGCGAAAACUGGUUUUUAGAAAUGUUUGCAAAUGUAUUAAUAAAAACAGAUACCUUAUUUACAUAAGUAUUUAGACUCUUUGCUAUGAGACUCAAAAUUGAGCUCAGGUGCAUCCUGUUUCCACUGAUCAUCCUUGAGAUGUUUCUACAACUUGAUCCGAGUCCACCUGUGGUAAAUUCAAUUGAUUGGACAUGAUUUGGAAAGGCACACACCUGUCUAUAUAAGGUCCCACAGUUGACAGUGCAUGUCAGAGCAAAAACCAAGCCAUGAGGUUGAAGGAAUUGUCCGUAGAGCUCCUAGACAGGAUUGUGUCGAGGCGCAGAUCUGGGGAAGGGAACCAAAAAAUUUCUGCAGCAUUGAAGGUCCCCAAGAACACAGUGGCCUCCAUCAUUCUGAAAUAGAAGUUUGGAACCACCAAGACUCUUCCUAGAGCUGGCCUUAGACAGGGAGGUGACCAAGAACCUGAUGGUCACUCUGACAGAGCUCCAGAGUUCCUCUGUGGAGAUGGGAGAAUCUUCCAGAAGGACAACCAUCUCUGCAGCACUCCACCUUAAUGGUAGAGUGGCCAGACGGAAGCCACUCCUCAGUAAAAGGCACAUGAAAGCCCGCUUGGAGUUUCCUAAAAGGCAAGAUUGAACUAUUUGACCUGAAUGCCAAGCGUCAUGUCUGGAGGAAACCUGGCACCAUCCCUACGGUGAAGCAUGGUGGUGGCGCUCAGGACCUCAGACUGGUGCAAAGGUUCACCUUCCAACAGGACAACUACCUUAAGCACACAGCCGAGACAACGCAGGAGUGGCUUCGGGACAAGUCUCUGAAUUACCUUGAGUGGGCCAGCCAGAGCCCGGAUUGAACCCGAUCGAACAUCUCUGGAGAGAACUGAAAAGAGCUGUGCAGUGACACUCUCCAUCCAACCUGACAGAGCUAGAGAUUAUCUGCAGAGAAAAAUGGGAGAAACUCCCCAAAUACAGGUGUGCCAAGCUUGUAGCGUCAUACCCAAGAAGACUCGAGGCUGUAAUCGCUGCCAAAGGUGCUUCAACAAAGUACUGAGUAAAGGGUCUGAAAACGUAUUUAAAUGUGAUAUUUCAGUUUUUUAUUUUUAAUACAUUUGCAAAAAUGUCUAAAAACCAGUUUUUGCUUUUUCAUUAUGGGAUAUUGUGUGUAGAUUGAUGAGGGGGAAAAAACUAUUUAAUCCAUUUUAGAAUAAGGCUGUAACGUAACAAAGUGGAAAAAGUCAAGGGGUCUGAAUACUUUACGAAUGCACUGUAAUUACAAAACUUGCCUGAGGAUUAGAAAACUCUUUCUCGUAUGAUAAAAUCGGAUCUAAUUUGAUUGGUAUAAGUCGAAAGCUAGUUCCCCUAUGAGUUUUUUGUAACUUCUUCUUUCUUAAGUCCCUCGACGUCUUGUUCUGGAAACAGGGUGGACGAGAGGGGAGCUAUACCUACCACUUUUGGAAUGGCACACAGACGCCUCUCCUUUGACUCAAAGAGGUCGCGGCCCAUCUUCAGUCACCAGAGGGACAGGAUCAGCCACACCAAGAGCAGGGACGAGAUGGACCAGGUAAACUCUCUCUCUUUUUUUCCUCUUAUACACUAUAGACAAAUUAAUAAAUGACAUCAGUAAUAUGAUUCAAUCUUACGUGGAGUGUAACCCUUGCUGUUUCAGGCUUCAGAUAUGAUCGGCAAGGAUGAGGUCACAUCAGACGAGAGCUUGGCAGAGUCCAUUAGUUCCCAGCACUUUACAGGUGAGAGCAGCAUGAUGCUGAGUCAUGAUAAUGUCUGUCAUCCAUUUCCCUUGACUAACACUCCCCCGUUCCUUCCGCACUGUUUAGGUUCUGGGACAUCCAUGCGUACCCUCGACAGUGGCAUCGGCACAUUCCCCAUGCCAGACUAUGCCAGUAACGCAGCAGGGAAGAGCAUCACUAAGGGGAAGCCACAGGGAGAGCAAGUGUUUUCAGGCUCCCAGGGAAAACAUGGGGCAAAGAUGAAAGUUCAGCGUAAGGCCCGUACACUGGAGAGAGAGCUGUCAUCUCUGGAUGAAGUCAACCCAUCUGUCCUGUAUGGCUCAGGACUGGAGGGAAGAGGUCCCAACAUGCAUCUGUCCAGCACAAUCCACGAGGGUCAGCUUGGACUCUUGGACUUUGUAUUCCCAUAGGACUUGUUGUGUUCCCAUAUAGACCAUUUUAAUGCAGUCAUUUUACAUAAGUGGUUUAGAUAUGGUUGCGGAAGUCUGUUUUAUCAGUUCUGCAAAACCAACAUUUUGUGUGUCAUUAAUACUGUGGACUAACUAUUCACACAAGCUUAAAUCUUGCAACAAAACACCUGCGCUAAGCUCUUUUUUACAUCUUGAAUUGCAUUUGCUCUUAUGCAGACAUAGAUGCCUACGGGGCUCAUAUGCAAAAUCCCCCAACCAAGAACUGGACCUUUCCCAACCUGAAAGGCUCUGCAGGAGCCAGUGAUGUUUACCUGGACAUGCAGGGAGAGGGCAGCCAGAGGACCCCCUCCAGAAGGGUGAGUGAGUCAGAGAGCUGAGUUCAUCUCCAUCGUAACAAGAAAUUUAGAAGAAGACAUCCCUGUACUCUGUGCUGACAUGUGCCAACUUUCUAAUCUACAGUGAAAAGAUGAAAGCUCUGCUCUUUAUUAAUAUUUUAAGAGAUGAGGCUGAUAGACAGCUGGGGCCUUGAUCACUCUCGCCUGUCAGUUGUCAUCCCUUGUCAGCACUUUAAACCAUAGUCCCAUUAGCUGGCAUUAUUAUCCUCAAAUUUUGAGUGAGAGAGAGAUCAAUCUAAAUGCAGAUAACUAACUCCUCCUGCCACUUCUCAGGGAUGGGGGAGGUGGGGGGGUUGCUGUGGAAACGAGAUGGAGCGGGAGAAGGGCUUUUGACUAGUGAUGGGAAGGUCGGCUUACAGACUCAGAUCUUUUCGACUCGUUCAGUCAAAACAACUCGACUCGUUUCGUUAAUUCCAUUCAGUAAUGCUCAGAGCACGUAGGACCCCCUACCGGCGAAUGAUAAACUGAAAACUCGAAAGGGUCAUGAUUCGGCAAGCCUCUCGUUCACCAUAAGGGGCUUAUUGGAGCAGUUAUUUGUGACAGACUUGUAAAAUUGUGUUUUAAACAAUGUACAUUUGUGAUAGCUCUGCAUAAAAUAAGAUUAUUUCUUGAUUCCUUUGAAAUUAGGUCUAGUUGCGGCCGUAACCGGACUAGAUUGUGAAAGAUUUUUGGCUGAAUAUUUGACUGCCGAGAGGGUGAUAAGCACAGUAUCGUUUGCAACAGCAGCAGACCCACAAAUUAUUCAUUCUCGAGUUGCAUGUUUUAGUUCUACAAAGCUGUGUCCAUUAAAACAUUCCAUAAUCAAGUAAUUGUAUUCAUUCUUGCAUCAUGCGGUUGAUUAUCAAUUCUAAACAUGCAUUUUUCUUGUCUACGAUGCUUGUGCGCACAUAUGAUAGACAGUAGUUGGUCGGAGCAUUCUGGAGCCACUGAGCUGGAGGAGCAUAUAUCAGUCCUGCUUUAGGCAGGGACUUAGGCACUGGGGAGCUAGGCCCACCCAAUCAGAUUGAGCAACAAAAAAUAUAUAUAUAUACCAGUCAAAAGUUUGGACACACCUACUCAUUCCAGGGUUUUUCUUUAUUUAUACUAUUUUCUACAUUGUAGAAUAGUAGUGAAGACAUCAGAACUAUGAAAUAACACAUAUGGAAUCAUGUAGUAACCAAAAAAGUGUUAAACAAAUCAAAAUAUAUUUUAUAUUUGAGAUUCUUCAAAGUAGCCACCCUUUGCCGUGUUGACAGCUUUGCACACUCUUGGCAUUCUCUCAACCAGCUUCACCUGGAAUGCUUUUCCAACAGUCUUGAAGGAGUUCCAACAUAUGCUGAGCACUUGUUGGCUGCUUUUCCUUCACUCUGCGGUCCGACUCAUCCCAAACCAUCUCAAUUGGGUUGAGGUCGGGGGAUUGUGGAGGCCAGGUCAUCUGAUGCAGCACUCAAUCACUCUCCUUCUUGGUAAAAUAGCCCUUACACAGCCUAGAGGUGUGUUGGGUCAUUGUCCUGUUGAAAAACAAAUGAUAGUCCCACUAAGCCCAAACCAAAUGGUUAAGUGUGCCUUGAAUUCUAAACAAAUCACAGACAGUGUCACCAGCAAAGCACCCCCACACCAUAACACCUCCUCCAUGCUUUACGGUGGGAAAUACACAUGUGGAGAUCAUCCGUUCACCCACACCGCGUCUCACAAAGCCACGGCGGUUGGAACCAAAAAUCUCAAAUUUGGACUCCAGACCAAAGGACAUAUUUCCACCAGUCUAAUGUCCAUUGCUCGUGUUUCUUGGCCCAAGCAAUACUUCUUAUUGGUGUCCUUUAGUAGUGGUUUCUUUGCAGCAAUUCGACCAUGAAGGCCUGAUUCACAGUUGAUGUUGAGAUGUGUCUGUUACUUGAACUCAGUGAAGCAUUUAUUUGGGCUGCAAUUUCUGAGGCUGAUAACUCUAAUGAAUUUAUCCUCUGCAGCAGAGGUAACUCUGGGUCUUCCAUUCCUGUGGCGGUCCUCAUGAGAGCCAGUUUCAUCAUAGCGCUUGUUGGUUUUUGCGACUGCACUUGAAGAAACUUUAAAAGUUAUUGGCACUUGAAGAAACUUGAAGUUAUUGACAUUUUCCGGAUUGACUGACCUUCAUGUCUUAAAGUAAUGAUGGAAUGUUUCUCUUUGCUUAUUUGAGCUGUUCUUGCCAUAAUAUGGACUUGGUCUUUUACCAAAUAGGGCUAUCUUCUGUAUACCUUGUCACAACACAACUGAUAGGCUCAAACGCAUUAAGAAGGAAAGAAAUUCCACAAAUUAACUUUUAACAAGGCACACCUGUUAAUUGAAUUGCAUUCCAGGUGACUACCUCAUGAAGCUGGUUGCGAGAAUGCCAAGAGUGUGCAAAGCUGUCAUCAAGGCAAAGGGUGGCUAUUUGAAGAAUCUCAAAUAUAAAAUAUAUUUUGAUAUGUUUAACACUUAUUUGGUUACUACAUGAUUCCAUAUGUGUUAUUUCAUAGUUUUGAUGUCUUCAUUAUUAUUCUACAAUGUAAAAAUAAAGAAAAACCCUUGAAAGAGUAGGUGUGUCCAAACUUUUGACUGGUACUGUAUGUCAUUGUGCUUCUAUGGCUAUAUGCACCAUGCCACUGCCCAUUUCAUUUCUUCAUUUUCCAAACAAGACAACUCAUAAUCCAGUGCCUUUAUCACAAUCAACACACAUUGUAGCUUGAAUUAGCUUUAAAAUGAAAAAUUAUCUCAACCUCAUGGCAAAAUGUGUAGAAUAGCAUGAGAUGAGCUAUACAACUGAAAAAUGUCCUCUGAUCUAUGGCAAAAUGUGUAGAAUUGCAGGAAAGUCAUUUUAAAACUGCAAACAGGUUUCAAUCCCAUUUAUCGAAAUAGUUUAAAGCAAUACAUUUGCACAAAGAAAUAUGUGCAUUUUCUCAGCAGCAGUGUGUUUCAAACAAACUGUCUUUUUGCAAAUAAAGAGCUGUGCAUAAUGACGUACAGUUGAAGUCGGAGGUUUACAUACACUUAGGGUGGAGUCAUUAAAACUCGUUUUUCAACCACUCCACAAAUUUCUUGUUAACAAACUAUAGUUUUGGCAAGUCGGUUAGGACAUUUACUUUGUGCAUGACACAAGUAAUUUUUCCAACAAUUGUUUACAGACAGAUUAUUUCACUUAUAAUUCACUGUAUCACAAUUCCAGUGGGUCAGAAGUUUACAUAUACUAAAUUGACUGUGCCUUUAAACAGUUUGGAAAAUUCCAGAAAAUGAUGUCAUGGCUUUAGAAGCUUCUGAUAGGCUAAUUGAUAUCAUUUGAAUUGGAGGUGUACCUGUGGAUGUAUUUCAAGGCCUACCUUCAAACUCAGAAGAAAAUCAAAAGAAAUCAGCCAAGACCUCAGAAAAUAAAUUGUAGACAUCCACAAGUCUGGUUCAUCCUUGGGAGCUAUUUCCAAACGCCUGAAGGUACCACGUUCAUCUGUACAAACAAUAGUACGCAAGUAUAAACACCAUGAGACCACGCAGCAGUCAUACCGUUCAGGAAGGAGACGCGUUCUGUCUCCUAGAGAUGAACAUACUGUGGUGCGAAAAGUGCAAAUCAAUCCCAGAACAACAGCAAAGGACCUUGUGAAGAUGCUGGAGGAAACGGGUACAAAAGUAUCUAUAUCCACAGUAAAACAAGUCCUAUAUCGACAUAACCUGAAAGGCCGCUCAGCAAGGAAGUUGAGUUGAUGCCAAAGAGCUCCAUUUUGAUCUCAUCUGACCACAACACUUUCACCCAGUUCUCUUCUGAAUCAUUCAGAUGUUCAUUGGCAAACUUCAGACGGGCAUGUAUAUGUGCUUUCUUGAGCAGGGGGACCUUGCGGGCGCUGCAGGAUUUCAGUCCUUCACGGCGUAGUGCGUUACCAAUUGUUUUCUUGGUGACUAUGGUCCCAGCUGCCUUGAGAUCAUUGACAAGAUCCUCCCGUGUAGUUCUGGGCUGAUUCCUCACCGUUCUCAUGAUCAUUGUAACUCCACGAGGUGAGAUCUUGCAUGGAGCCCCAUGCAGUUCUUUUGUGUUUCUUCCAUUUGCGAAUAAUCACACCAACUGUUGUCACCUUCUCACCAAGCUGCUUGGCGAUGGUCUUGUAGCCCAUUCCAGCCUUGUGUAGGUCUACAAUCUUGUCCCUGACAUCCUUGGAGAGCUCUUUGGUCUUGGCCAUGGUGGAGAGUUUGGAAUCUGAUUGAUUGAUUGCUUCUGUGGACAGGUGUCUUUUAUACAGGUAACAAGCUGAGAUUAGGAGCACUCCCUUUAAGAGUGUGCUCCUAAUCUCAGCUCGUUACCUGUAUAAAAGACACCUGGGAGCCAGAAAUCUUUCUGAUUGAGAGGGGGUCAAAUACUUAUUUCCCUCAUUAAAAUGCAAAUCAAUUUAUAACAUUUUUGACAUGCGUUUUUCUGGAUUUUUGUUGUUGUUGUUCUGUCUCUCACUGUUCAAAUAAACCUACCAUUAAAAUGAUAGACUGAUCAUUUCUUUGUCAGUGGGCAAAUGUACAAAAUCAGCAGGGGAUCAAAUACUUUUUUCCCUCACUGUACAUGUUGAGAUUAUGAAUAAAAGCUAGAUAAUUUUUAUUGGUCAAUUGGCAGCGAUCAUCAUGUCACCACCAUACAAGUUAAGACCCUCGAUAUUUAUUUAUUGGAAAUGAGCAUCUAUCUUAUGACAGUGCACAUUCACCACCCUGUGAAGUUCAUCAUAACUUAUUUCAUCGGUAGCCUAAUAAACUGUGCGUGCUUUUCCAAGUCGUAGUGGCAGGACCAGACAACUUAGCAUUACGUGACUGCAAAUUUACCGCAAUAUGAUGGUUAUUCUAUCAACAAUUGCAAUAUCAACAAUAUUCAAUAAAAUACAAAUGUUUUCACUGCCAUUUGUAGCAUGAUCUAUUUCACCAACAAAAAAAGUAUCCACUCCUGUCAAAUAUAUAUUUUCUGUUGGCAUUUAGGAAAUGUACCCACAUUAGGCCUGUCAUGAGUUUUUUUUUUAUCCGACAGGUAGUUUAAUCCCAUCAAAAUGGUCGGAUGGAAACAUGGUUACUGACAAAAGCAUUUCUUCAAGUGGCAGAUAUAAAUGCAUGUUUUGCCUUAGAACCUGGUCAAUUUCACGUCAUCCUAAAAUAACUAACUAUAGCAUCCUUCUGUCCCUUGUCUAUCCCUACCAUCCAUAUCCUCUCCUUUUUUCCCAUCCGCCCUCCCCCUUCUUCGUGUGCCCACCUUUCCUCUCCCACAAGAGUUUGAAACAGUGUGUCCCCCAGGGCCCCCUGGCUGCUGACCCAGGCAGCCUCCCCCUGCCACCCCAGACAGGGCUCAGCCCACGUGGUAAGGGGCGGACGCCCAGCGCCCCAGAGGUGGGGAAGGACAGAGGGCUGGAGCUGGUGAAGGAGAGACCAGAGGACAUCCUGUCCCCGAGAGAGACGCCUGAAUCCCUCAGUGACUCCCUCUACGACAGCCUUUCCUCCUGUGGCAGCCAGGGCUGA